AUGACAUCUGCUCGAAUCGUUUUAACUUCUUCUUGGAGAUUUUUUCCAAAAUCAAGAUCCGAAGUCGAAUCAUCGUUUAAACAAAUUGGAAUUGAUUCCUUAUUAGGAUGGACUAGUAGUCGAGGCAAAACAAGAGUAGAUGAAAUCUAUCAUUGGCUGAAAGAUUUCGAUUAUAAAACUAUUGAACAAGACAUUAUUGUUCAGAAAUGGAUUGCCAUUGACGAUAUGGAUUUAUUUAAAGUUGAUAAAAAACGAAUGAAAGACCACUUUGUUAUGACUACGCCGCUGUAUGGAAUUACAGAAGAAACCAUCAAAGAAGCAGUUAUGUUACUUUCAUGA